UAAUCACAAUAUUUAAAGGUAAAGUGGAAGAAGUUGAAUUACCUGUGGAUAAAGUAGACAUCAUCAUCAGCGAGUGGAUGGGUUACUGUCUGUUCUAUGAGUCAAUGUUAAACACAGUCAUCUUCGCACGAGACAAGUGGCUGAAACCUGGAGGGCUAAUGUUUCCAGACCGAGCUGCUUUGUACGUGGUAGCAAUUGAAGACAGACAGUACAAGGACUUCAAAAUUCACUGGUGGGAGAAUGUGUACGGCUUUGACAUGACCUGUAUUAGGGAUGUUGCCAUGAAGGAGCCUUUGGUGGACAUAGUAGAUCCAAAGCAAGUGGUGACCAAUGCCUGUUUAAUAAAGGAAGUAGAUAUUUAUACAGUGAAGACUGAAGAAUUGGCAUUUACUUCUGCAUUCUGCCUCCAAAUUCAGCGUAAUGAUUACAUUCAUGCCUUGGUCACCUAUUUUAAUAUCGAAUUUACGAAGUGCCACAAGAAGAUGGGAUUUUCUACAGGUAAUCUUUUAAUAUCAUUUCUAUUGCUAUCAGUAUGUAAGUGCUACUGGUCAGAUUUUACAGGAAGGUUUAUUGUACCACCAUGUUUGAAUUUCAGUGAUAAAAAUUAUUGUCACUUUGGGGGAGGUGAGCAGGAUGGGGAAAGGACAACUGCUUGUAGGAAUUGUGCAAAAUCAGAGGCAGGAUUUCACAACAGCUAG